AUGUAGUAGAAAUCUAAACCUCAAUGGAAAAGUGCCAAAUUUGCAUUGAUGAUUGAAUUCAAUCAGUGUGGUAGUGGAAAAUAAGUCAAAAAGAUUCCACCAAGUGACAAAGGAGAACUGCUUGAAAAAUUUCUCACUGAGAGGAAGUUUAAGAUUACAAGGAUAAAUCAUAACCUCAACAAGUAGCCUGGAGAAUAGUACUUGGAUUACAUAGAAAAUUCAUUCAAUGAAGUUUAUGAGAACGCUAAAGUUAUCAGCAGACUGGCUGGAGAAAGUGUCUAAGAAGAUAGUGUGUGCGUAUUCGUUUAUGUGAGAUGCUUAGGUAUCUCUACAAGCUCUGGAGAAAUAGAAAUAUAAGACCCGAAUGGCUACAGAUUCUAGAUAGAAAAAUUCAUCAAACUCUUCGCCAUGAUCAAGAAUUGUGCAACAUAUAUUUACUUAGAGUGUCCUCGUAACAAUCCUUCAAAUCUUUCAGCAACUAAAAAGCCAUUGGAACAAUUCAACCCUAUCAAUGCUGUUGGCUUUUUAUUGGUGCAAUAUUGCUUUGCUAAGGAAUCAGGGUGGGAUUAUGCAAAUGAUGAUAAGAGACAAGCUCUAUUACUUAAAUUCAUUCAAGCACUAGCAGCAAAUUAAAUUCCUGAUUUUUAUCAGUAUGUUACCUCUUGGCAACCAGAAUCAAAUUUCAUCGGAAAAAUAGAGCUUUCAACAAUCUUGGAUCAAGCUAUUGCUCCUAUCAAUAAGGAUAUCGAGGUUGCUGAGCAAGUUCAAAUUGUUGACAUUGACGAAUAGGAAUAACUUAUUGCCAGAAUGAAGGAGUUGGAGGAAGAAAAUCAAACUUAUUAUGAACAAAAUAUGAAGAUGAAAGAAGACUUAGAUGAAAGAGAUAGAAUCAUUACACAACUAUAAGACACAAUUAGAGAGCUAGAAUAAUAAGCUGAUCAUGACUAAGUUUCUAAUCAUUCACAGCAAUAAGUUGCCAAUUUGGAAGAGCACAUUUAAACUUUGAAGGGAAAUAAUUAAAAUUUAGAGAACAAAGUUUAAAAAUUGGAACUAAAGAAAGAGAAAUUGGUCAAAAAGCUUAAGAGUAAAAAAGAUAAACUUAAAAAAGCAAAUUAAGAGUUACAAAAUCAAUAGGCGGCAUUUUCUGAGCAAAUACUACAGUUUUCAAUGAAUCAGCACGGAUUACAUAAAACUCCAAGAGAAUCGGGAAACGGAAUGAAUAGCAAUUCCAGUUAAAACAACAGUAGGGAUAUAAUAAAUCCUAUGAAUGAUCAUCGGGAUUAGCGCUUUGCCUAAUAUUAGGUUAAUAAUCGUAACUCUCUAUAUAGCGAUCCAUUCAAUGCUGACGAUAGCAAAAUCAAUGAUGAAGAUGAUUAGUAAAACACACUCGAUAAAAGACAACUAGAAAUACUAUAAAAUCAAAAGAAGAAGGAAGAAGAGGAAUAAAAAUCUCAAGUAGAAGAAGAUAGAAUUAAAUACUAAAGGUUUCUAAAAGAAUAAGAAGAGGAGAGACAAAGAAAGAAAAAAGAAGAAGAUGAGUAAUUAAAAAUUUUAAUGGAAAUUAAACAAAGAGAAGAGAGAGAAGCUUUUGUAAAGGCAAAGAAGUAAAAAGAAGAUUUCGAGAGAUGGUAGAGAGAGCAAGAAGAGUAAGAAAAACUUAGAAUACAAAAAGAAUUAGAUGAAAAAAAAUUAAGAUAAUAGUUUGAGAGAGAACAAUUAGAAAUUUAGAAAAGACUAAAAAUAAAAGAAUCAGAGAUGGAAAUUAAAAGAGAGAUGGAUUUAAAAAACUAGAUGAAAGCCGCUUAAGAUGGAGUUAAUGGCUAGUUAUAUGUAAAACCUCAUGGCAAUUUCAAUGCAAACGAGAGUAUCGACCAUGAAAACUUCUUUGAAGCUAUUAAAAAAUAGGGCAGUUUUUAAAACAAUAAUAAUCAAAUGAACCCGUAAAAUGUAAGAGUAAAUGAAUAUGAGCGACUGUCUAAUGUAAAUUAAUAGAUUUAUUAAGAUCUAGCUAUUGUCGAUGACAUGGAGUUUGCUAAGAAACUUCAAGAAUAAGAAAUGGAAUAAGAAAGAAUAGACAAGGAGUUUGCUUUGAAACUUCAAUUAGAAAUUGAUGAAUAAGAAUUUAAUUAGUAGCAAAUUAUAAAUAAUCCUCAAAUGAAUCACUUUGAGGAACAUAAAUAGCCGAUUUAAAGAUAAGAGUAAGCUCAGAUGAAGCCUAUUUAAAAUCAAAAUGCAAAUAAUAAUCAAAGAAAUGAGAUGCCGAUCGCAAAACCUUAGUAGCAGAUCUAAUAAAACAAUAGAAACUUAGAUGAUGAUGAAUAUAUUAUUCCAAAUAAAGAUAUUGGUUUUGAUGUGUCUUAAAUCGUUCAACCCAAGGAUAUUGAUAAAAUCAGAGAGAAAAUAGGCAAGAAAUGUAUAUUUGCGAAAAUUUAUGAAUGUGAUAGUGGGGUAGAGAAUGGACAACUUAUUUAAUAAUUAUAGGGCAAACGUAAUUUACUGAUACUGGUAUAAGCUAAAAGAAAUAACGAUAAUGAAGUAAUAGGAAGAUUUGGUGCAUUCAUUUCAAUUCCCUAUAUGAAGUGUAAUGAUGAAAAUGAAUAGUUUUUCAUUGAUCCUGAGGCAUUUAUUAUUUCCCUAGAUAAAGGCAUGAUUUUUGAUUAGAUCAAACCAAGGGAGGAAAAUGUUGGAUUUAGUUCAUAAGCAAUCAUAAUUUUUGGCAAACAAAAAGAAGGGAGCAAAGUACCAAAAAUAUAGUCGAUGGAUUUAUUCCUCAGAGAUUCAAAGGGUGUAAAGAAGAGUUCAAGUAGCCUCGGUUCAUCAUUCUAAAUUCCAGAAGGAAUUGACAAAAAAGAGGGUGCAAAGAUACUCACAGGAUUACUUCUAUUUUCAAUUGAUAAAAUAGAGGUAUUCGAAGCGAUAAAAUGA